AUGCCUCCCGGCGGACACCCCAUCGCUGGGUUCAGCACGCUACGCCUAGAAGGCCUAGAGAAGCGGUCUUCACUUGAGAAGGCACAGCUGGUGUACUCAAUUGCCGACGACAUGAGUGCAACCUUGAUGUGUAUUGCACAGCACACGGAGGAAGGCACCCUGUCAGCCAGACACAUCGAACCCAUCGACCGAGUGAUUCGCAUUGUCCGCGACACCGAGGUAUCGCAACGACGGAGGCUGGAACGACGGGUGCGACGGCUACGGGGUAGGCGACGCUGGCUGCGUCGCGAGUUUCGGAAGAUGAUCAAACGCGCAGAGUUAGUGUCAGUGGCCUGGAAGAACAAGGCGACCACAUUGAAAGGAAAUCUCCAGGCGCUGCAAAGUGAGGUGGCUAGUAUGAGGAGGCAAUGCGAGAUGCUGCGGGCAUAUAUGGAGCAGAGAGAAAGUGGAGAAAAGGAAGAGAGCAUGCUGGGUGAGCAACCCAACAAGAAAGAUGGGCGGGCCCACUAG